CAUUAUCACCAGCUGAACCAGCAGCAGCAGUUGUUGAACAAGUUUCCGAAGCAGCUGCACCUUUGAUUGAACAAGCAGCCGAUGUUGCUGCUGUUGGAACAGAAGCCGUUGUGGCGAGUGUCAGAGCAAAGCGACAGGUAGAGCCAGCAUCAGCAUCAGCUGCUGGACCAGAACCACCCGUUGUUCCUGCGAGGAUCUACACGAUUGAUUUCUCUGGAAAUCAACUUGAUUGCGGAUGCGGUUCCAAGUGGAUCUCGGACUCUAGGUACAAGUACGAAGAUCAACUGCAGAACCUUUCUUGCCGCAACGGACAGAUGUCGCUCUUCCAACUCGACAUAGGCCACUGGCGUCGGCAGAGUUGCUGAACCCAUACAUCAGCCAAACAAAAUUUUAUUGACAGCACGUCUAAAGAAAUUUGAACCAUUUUUUUUAUAAUCUAUGGGUUCAUUCCUCCAUCGUAGGCAU